GCCGGUUUGCCUAAAUUCUCCGUCAACGGCGCACCGCGGCAGGCGGCGGCGGCAAGAGUGGAGGUGACAACCCCCUGAACACGUGAUGCCACUGGAACAGCUAGCGAGCUCUUGGAACAAUGAUUGCUUAAAAUAGGCGCGACACACAUCGUGAAACACAAUGGACGGUUUCGACCUCGCGAAUCGCGCGUGCAUGGAAUUGUUCAUUGGGUCACUUGAGUUCCUCAUUCAUCAUGGGCUCUGCGAUUUCCCGACCUGUCGUGACCACUGUUGGCGUGUUGUACCCAGCCUACGCUAGCUUCAAGGCACUUGAAACCCCCCAGACGGACGACGAUAAGCAGUGGCUCACGUAUUGGGUCGUCUUCUCCAUCACGUCGUCAGCGGAAGAACUCGCGGAGAAGGUCGUGUCGUACCUGCCUGGGUACUACGUGUGCAAAUGCAUCUUCCUCAUCUGGAUGAUGCUCCCGAAGACCCGGGGUGCAAUUUGGGUCUACGAAAAAUUCAUUCUGCCCUUGCUCGUCAAGUACGAGCCCGUGAUCGACGCGAAGCUCAAGGAACUCCGCGCGUGCGUCGACAACUGGAUCGCAGACAUGAAGCAGAACGGCGCGCGAUACGCAGCCCAAGGCUUGACGCUCACGAUAGAAGCAGCUAAACAGAUCCAGGACCAAGCGAACACGAGCCCGAUCAAGAAGCAAGUCGUGGCGAAAAUUCAAGACAUGCAAAAGGCCAGCAUGCGCAAGCUGGGCAAGAAGCAGUCAUUCAAGGAAGUCGUCGAAGAGGACCCCGUGCGAGAUGCCGAAGCGACGGAGUGAGCGCUGGUCCUUCGCGAAUGAAAAUCUAAACGCCAACCAUUUGUCAUAUAUGAUACGUUCGCGUGGUUGUACGAACUGAAACGAACCAGAGCGAUCGGUUCAAUCGUUCGU